GUGAACCAUGCAUUGAUUUUCUGCGAACGCGUUCGCCCUAAAGCUAAGGUAAUCAAUACGAUACGCUUCGAAAGGCGGGACACUUUACGAGAAGCAGUACGGUAUAUACAGUACCUGCAAAGUUUGCUACAUGCCGAGGGUGGCAAUAACCAAACAGGUAAGACGGCUUCGACUUUUGGCGUACAAAUCUUGAACUACAGUUAUCCAGCUCCGUCGUGCUCAGUGAACUCGAGUAUUUAUGCUCACUCUGAAAUGGAGUUCGACGUCUACUUCCCCACCUCAGCAACUGUCUCCAAUAGUUCUUCACAGCAUCCCAGUCCUGUUCAUUCAAUGUACGGCCCUCCAGUGGUUCCACAACCCAACAACUCAGGAGCUCGACCAUUUCCAUGA